UGUGAGCUUUUCCACUCCGCGAGCUACGGAGCGCUGCAGUGUUGUGGUGCUAUGAGGCGAAUGGACCGUUGGUGUAAAGAAAGGCCGGGGCUCGCUCAGACCUCAGCGGUCAUCGGACACGCUUACGUGCAGCCGGCGUACCUCCUCACCGAGAGCUGUAAGGAUGCCCCUCUCCCCCCUCUUCUCCAGCAACAUAGCCGGAUACCUGGACACAUACAUCACUCUUCCACCUCCCACAUGGAACAUGACCACAAACCUGCCAAGGGGCCACUGGGAAACCUCAUCUACUGUAAAGCCUCUCCUCACUGGAACACUCACUUCCUGAACGAACUGGCUCAGAGGCUCCGAGAUUGCCAAUCUAUCAGGCUUGUUUCUGAGCCUGUCAGUGAGAUGCAGGACCGCUACAAGGGCCAUUUAGCACCAGAUGAGCUUUCAGUGGACCACUACAGGACCCUGAUGGCGCUGUAUGGACAGCUUGAUCUGGCUCCAGCCCCUCUCUCCAAAGAACCGCUGCUCAGCACAGCGCAGGCGGUCCACAGGCGCUUCAGCAGGUCUGAGUUGGCUCCUCCAUCCAGCCUGAAUACUCCGGCCAUUCAGGGAACCCUGACCAGGAGUGCGGCUCUCAGCCGCCUUCCCCCUCGCAAGGCUCUGCCCAACAUGUCCUCUCAGCUGCCCCGCCCAUGUGUUGCCUUGCCUCAUGGUGGUAGAACCAGUCUGUAUACAGAUAGUUUUACUGUACCUGCAUAUCUCCCCAAAUUAUCCACUAGUGCUGCUGAUCACGAUGCAGCAAAAAGCAGAAAUGAGGGAAGCAGGGGUUUAAGGCAGCACGUCAUGGAAGUGCCCAAAAUGUAUGGCACAGAGAACCAGACCUAUGGGAAAGGAAAGAUGGUGCUAGUGUGAGGAGGAAGAGGUAAUAGGUUCAUAGGUCGUCACCCCCCCCCCACAUUUUUCCCCUGAGUGUCACCAGAUUCUGUGAACUACACUCUUACAAUGUUUCCUCAAGGGUCCUUUAGUUAAGAGAAUAGUUCUAUACAGAACCAUGAACACUCAUA